CAAGGAGAGCUUCUUCUUUGCUUCCUUUUUUCUUCAACAUCUUCAGGCAUCACUGUCUUUAUUCACCUUAUAUCAUUUUCUUCAGUUUCAUCAGCUGAAACCAGGAUAACUGAGGACUAAAAUGGGUGAUUGGCAGCUGUUGAGCCGCCUGCUGGAUAAAGUGCAGAGCAACUCCACAGUGAUUGGGAAAGUCUGGCUCACUGUGCUGUUUGUCUUCCGCAUCAUGGUCCUGCACACCGGUGCUGAGAGGGUGUGGGGAGAUGAGCAGGCUGACUUUGUCUGCAACACUCAACAGCCCGGCUGUGAGAAUGUCUGCUACGACCUCGCCUUCCCCAUCUCCCACGUACGCUUUUGGGUUCUUCAGAUACUCGCUAUAGCGACUCCAAAGCUGCUGUACCUCGGUCACGUCCUUCAUGUGAUCCACACUGAGAAGAAGCUGAAGGAGAGGAUGAGGAAGCAUGCAGAGUUGGAAGGCCAAGCUGCUCUGUUCUUCAGAAAGACCUACAAAGUUCCCAAGUACACUAAAAGCAAUGGCACGAUCAGCAUCCGUGGCCGACUCCUUUGUAGUUACGUCAUCCAACUUGUGGCCAAGAUUUUGCUGGAAGUUUUGUUCAUCGUGGGCCAGUACUUUCUUUACGGUUUCACCCUGGAGAGUCGCUACAUCUGUGCCCGCUCGCCCUGCCCUCACAAGGUGGACUGCUUCCUAUCCAGGCCCACAGAGAAGUCGGUCAUCAUCUGGUUCAUGCUGGUGACAGCAGUUGUCUCCCUCAUCCUCUGCGUGGUUGAGCUGCUCUAUCUGUGCGUGAAAGCUGUGAAAGAGUGCCUGGCGAGGAAGCAGGACUACACCGUGACCCCUGUGACACCUCCAAUUUCAGAAAAGAAAACUUUUAAAAGCCGGGACGAGAUGCACCAGAAUUAUGUCAACCUGGACCUGGAGCUGCAAGGACGAAAGCUAGGGGUGAGAGGGAUGACGGGAGGGGUCAGCGAGGUUGCUAAAAAUAUAUCAUCUGGGAACAACAACGUAGGGGAGAUCCACAUCUGAAGCAUGAGGGCAGUGGUAGGUUGUACGUGUCCUUUUUUUAGUGGUUUCCAGUAUUUGUGUGCUUUGGCUUUGGGGAGAAUAGGGGGGUGUGUGCAGUAAAUGAAGAAGGAGGGAACAGCUUCUGUAAACAAAACUCAUUCACAUGCAAAAUGUUGCCUAAACUGACUAAGUUCAAGUGACCACUGUGACAUAAUAUUAAAAGAAGAUAUGUUUUCUAGAAAUUGAUAGACUUAAUCAUCUUAAUACAUUGUAAAUUAGGUUAGAUUUGUGAUAGAUUUUGUUGAUUUCUUACAUUUUAUACUACAAUUUUGAUUCAAUAAGCAUUGUAUUUAGAUUUGAUUACAAAGAAAUUCUCCUUUUCUUACUAUGUUAGAUUUCACAUUUUUAAAGAUAAACCUCUGCGUUUUUUUCACUAAGUGAGCUAUUAAUCUACCAUUGUAUAAAUAAAGCCACUAUUUACAUAAUGUAUACAAAGCAGUUAGUUAAUUGUGUCUUUAGAGAAUAAGGUUCCAUGUAGUUUAAGCUGUGCAACUAUUGACAUGCCCCUGGAAAUAUACAGCAUGAGCCUGCAGAGCUUAUAUUUCAACAUGCUUCGCACCUCUUGCUAUUUGCAAAGAAAAAAAAUCAUUCUGUUUUUUUUAACAGAUAGUACAUUUUAAAAAUGACUGGUUAUGGUUAUGAUGGAGUCAUGAUUAUGGUGUAAAAGGUUUUUUUUUUCUUUUCUAUUGAAAACAAAUAUAAACAUUGUGAUACUUUUUGCUGCAGCCUGUACCAAACAAGCAUUACCUUACAUCUGAGGAAUAUCAUUUAUAGACUGGGUUAUCUCUUCAACACCACCAUGCUUCAUUUAUAAUGGUAUGCUUAGACACAUUUUUCGUGAAUAUUAUUGUGAGUCACAAAGAAGAGCAAAUGAGUAUGCAUCUGGCUGAAAAUUUUUUACAUUCUCGUUUCACACAGAGACAAUCUGUUUAUGAUUAAGUCACUAAAAUUCACCACAAUUCUUCAGUGUCUAUAUUAAUUUGUCACUUAAUUUAACUACACUGCCCGUCCAAAAAAAAGUCGGACACUCUAAUAUUUUGUUGGACUGCCUUUAGCUUUGAGAAUGUGGCCUCGUUUCGAUAAGCUUUUGCAAUGUCACAGCAUUUAUUUCUGUCCAGAGUUGGAUUCAUUUUCUGCCAAGAUCUUGUAUUGUUGAUGGGAGAGCCUUGCAAAGUCUUCUCCAGAACAUCCCAAAGAUUCUCAAUGGGGCUGAGGUCUGGACUCUGUGGAGGCCAAUUCAUAUAUGAAAAUGAUGUCUCAUGCUCCCUGAUCCACUCCCUUCGCAUUUUGCGUGUUGAAAUGCUCUUACUUUCACUAUUAAACAUUGCCGUGAGUUCUACUGUUGAUUUCUUAUUAUAUGAUUUCACCAAACGUUGAAGAGGUCUCUGAUCACGAUCAUCCAAGAGUUUGUUCUGACCACAUUUCUUCCUUGAAGAUGAUGGUUCACCACUAUCCUUCAGGUUUUAAUAAUGUGUUGGAUGGUUUUUAACCUGAUUUUAGUAGUUUCAGAAAUCUCUUUAGCUGUUUUCUUUGCUUGAUGCAGGCCAAUAAUUUGACCCUUCUGAGACAGAUUAACAUCCUUUCCAUGACCACAGGAUAUGUCUUCCAACACGGUUGUUUAUGAAAUGAGAAGCUCCUCACUACAUCAGCUAGGGUUAAAUAAGUUGUUGCAGCUGAAACAUAUUCAUCACUUCAGUAAUUAUCUAAUGGAAGGCUCUUACCUAUUUGUUCAGUUAAAUCUAAGUGUUGACUUUUUUUUUGAACAGUAAGUGUAUUUACACACAACGGGGUUUUAUCAUUUGUGAGCCUACUUAAAUAUGUGCAUAAUAUUUGAA